AAUGCAGAGGGCAGCUCGAAGGCACGGGAAGUAUUGAUAAUUGUGAGGCUAAUACAUAUCGAACGUGACCAACUAGUUGGGUGAACUAUCCCGACGGGAUGAUAGUGUGAUGGUACCAUACAGUGUGAUCACCAUAAUCGUUAUUUUCACCAGCUUGCUUGGUACAACUGUGGCGAACAAUUAUGAUGAUUAUAUCGCCCGGUUAGUGGCCGACAGCAAGGCGUUGCACGAAGACUUUCUUCGAACCAACCCUAGUGCGCAUGAAGAAUUGAAAAAGCUCUCUACUCCUGACUUCGACGAUGAUGAUCAUCCGGAGUAUCCACAUGAGAUUGAUAAUGUGAACUGGCUUAUGUUCAUGAAUGAAAUGCAGCAAGACCAGCGAGAAGCCACGUCUCCGGUAACGGAAAUACCCGUAUUAGAACCUCCUCGGUACAGUGGUGACUCCUCGAGUUUAUCGAAGACUAGGGACAGUUAUCCGGAUACGCACGAGACGGCGUCUAGGCGGACAGAGUUCAUUUAUCCAAAUCCGCUCUGGGGCACACAUAAAGUGAGCGGUGGUUCUAGCGAAACUGGUGAGUGGAUAAACUAUGCAGUCAUGGGAGCCGGGUUGCAAGACGACGACGGUGAGGAAAAAGAUUUGACGGAAGGGACGGGGGAUGAAGAGGUACCAGGGAGACACUUUGAAUACAAAAACGAUAGCCUGCCCUCAUAUUGUGACCCACCCAACCCGUGCCCGAUUGGGUAUGACCCUGAAAAAUUACCCAGCCCAUGUGAUGAAAACGUCGUGUACACGAUGGAAUUCAAUCGUGAUUGGGUUCGCAGCAAAGUUGCCGAUGGAGAAUGUAGCUGUGAUAAAGAGCAUAUGUUCUACUGCGACUCGGGGACUAGUCCAAUGUUCAGCGGAGAACGCUACCAACAUAAAGUAAACAGAGAGAAUCCUUAUCUGAAAGGCCCAAGAAGAAAGCAGCUAUCCACAAAGAAAUCUACACAGUACUCCAAACCCAGGCGCUACUAUUAUCUCCGAGGAAAAGCGUUGAAGAAAGUUGUGAAAAAGACUGGACCCUAUGCGUCGUUCCCUCCUGAAUCAAUGUAAUGAGGUCUCCGUGGCACAAACUCAUAUUUCAUCCUGCACAUCGUUAACACUGUUGUUCUGAAUAGCAUUGAAUAAGUGCAAACGAUUUCUUCAUUUUUGCUCUCCUGCGGUGAGUAGUACUCAGCUCAUAGGAUCUUAAACA